AUGGUACUCUCGGGGCCGCCUACUCCCAUUGGGGGUGCCCAGUCUGUUUCUCCUUCACUUUUGAGAUCAAAUUCGGGGAUGUUAGGAGCUCAAGGUGGUCCUUUGGGUUCCCAAACAGCAUUCCCUUCUCUAGUGUCCCCCCGUACUCAGUAUAAUAACAUGAGCAUGCUUGGAAAUGUGCCCAAUGUGUCUUCCCUCCUGAACCAGUCUUUUGGGAAUGGAGGUCCAAAUCCUGGACUUCCUGGCCCUGGUAGCAGUCAGCGUGGAAAUAUUGACACCGGGGCAGAGUCUGAUCCGCUUUCAAAUGUUGGUAAUGGAAUGGGUUUCAAUGCUCCUUCAUCGUCAUUUGUACCAUCAAAUAUGGUUAACCCUGGUCUUUCUGGUCAAGUUCAGGGACAACAGUUUUCAAAUCCUUCUGGCAACCAGUUGUUGCCAGAUCAACAGCAGUCCCAGCAACUUGAAGCACAAAGUUUCCAGCAUGGUCAGCAAUCAAUGCAGCAGUUCUCUGGUUCGCACAACUCCCAGCAGGUGCAGCAGCAACACCAAUAUCAAUCAAUACGAGGAGGGUUAGCUGGUGUUGGACCUGUUAAGAUGGAGCCACAUGUGACAAAUGAUCAUCAUGGAGCACAGCAGCAGCAGCCGCUGAGAAAUCCUGGUCCAGUCAAGUUGGAGCCACAGCAAAUCCCGAUGAUGCGAAGUUCGCCAACUGUGAAGUUGGAACCUCAACAUUCUGACCAAUCUUUGUUUUUGCAACAACAGCAACAACAACAGCAGCAGCAGCAUCAGCAUCAACAGCAAUUCCUUCACAUGUCAAGGCAGUCUUCUCAGCAGGCUGUUGCGCAAUUAAAUCUUUUGCAGCAGCAAAGGCUGCUGCAGUUACAUCAACAACAGCAACAGCAACUUUUGAAGGCAAUGCCGCAGCAACGGUCUCAAUUACCACAACAAUUUCAACAACAGAAUUUACCUUCUAGGUCUCCUGUAAAACCAGCAUACGAACCCGGGAUGUGUGCCCGUCGUCUCACAAGUUACAUGCAUCAACAGCAGCGCAGACCUGAAGACAAUAACAUUGAGUUCUGGAGGAAAUUUGUUUCCGAGUUCUUUGCUCCCCACGCAAAAAAGAAGUGGUGUGUUUCUAUGUAUGGAAAUGGUCGGCAAGCAACUGGCGUUUUCCCUCAGGAUGUAUGGCAUUGUGAAAUUUGCAAUCGCAAGCCAGGUCGUGGUUUUGAGGCAACUGUGGAGGUUCUUCCCAGGCUUUUCAAAAUCAAAUAUGAAAGUGGUACCUUGGAAGAACUUCUUUAUGUUGACAUGCCACGUGAAUAUCAAAACUCUUCUGGUCAAAUUGUCCUGGAUUAUGCAAAAGCAAUACAGGAAAGUGUUUUUGAUCAACUUCGUGUUGUUCGUGAUGGUCAGCUACGGAUAGUCUUCUCUCCAGACUUGAAGAUAUGCUCUUGGGAGUUUUGUGCUCGACGGCAUGAAGAGCUAAUACCUCGAAGAUUGUUGAUACCACAGGUAAGUCAGCUAGGUGCUGCAGCUCAGAAGUACCAGGCUGCUACUCAAAAUGGAUCGGCCAAUUUAACUGUCCCUGAGUUGCAAAAUAAUUGUAACAUGUUUGUUGCAUCAGCUCGACAAUUGGCAAAAGCCUUGGAAGUGCCAUUGGUAAAUGAUCUAGGAUAUACAAAGAGAUAUGUGCGUUGCCUUCAGAUAUCAGAAGUGGUAAAUAGUAUGAAAGACUUGAUUGAUUAUAGCCGAGAAACAGGAACUGGACCAAUGGAGAGUUUGGCCAAGUUCCCUCGGAGGACAGGUGCUUCAUCUGGGUUCCAUAGUCAAGCUCAGCAGCCUGAACAACAGCAGCAGCAGCAACAGCAACAACAGCAAACAAUACCCCAGAACUCGAAUAGCGAUCAAAGUUCUGCCCAAGUCACAAUGCAAAUUGCUGCUAACAAUGGUAUGCCUAGUGUAAAUCACUCUCUCACCACAGCAUCUACAACCACCUCUGCCAGCACCAUUGUGGGGCUUCUCCACCAAAAUUCUAUGAAUGCAAGACAACAAAAUUCUAUGAAUAAUGCAAGCAGUCCCUAUGGAGGAAAUUCUGUUCAGAUUCCAUCUCCUGGUUCCUCCAGUACAAUUCCACAGGCACAACCUAAUCCUUCUCCCUUCCAGUCACCGACACCCUCAUCAUCUAAUAAUCCUCCACAAACAUCUCAUGGUGCCUUGACAGCUGCUAAUCAUAUUAGCUCCACAAAUUCACCAGCAAAUAUCCCCCUGCAACAGCCAGCUCUUUCUGGUGAGGCUGACCAUGGUGAUUCUCAAAGUUCUGUCCAGAAAAUCAUACAUGAAAUGAUGUUGUCCAACCAACUUAAUGGCACUGGUGGCAUGGUUGGGGUUGGUUCUUUGGGGAAUGAUGUGAAAAAUGUUAAUGGAAUUUUGCCAACAGGUAACAAUACAAUUCUCAAUGGAGGAAAUGGCCUGGUGGGAAAUGGGACAGUCAAUAGUUCUGGAAUAGGGGGUGCUGGAUAUGGCACAAUGGGUGGACUUGCGCAGUCUGCCAUGGUUAAUGGAAUCAGAGCUGCAAUGGGUAAUAACUCUAUGAUGAAUGGUCGGAUGGGUAUGCCAUCAAUGGUACGAGACCAGAGCAUGAAUCAUCAACAGGAUUUGGGGAACCAACUGCUUAGUGGGCUAGGAGCAGUUAAUGGGUUUAGUAAUCUUCAGUUUGAUUGGAAACCAUCCCCUUGA